AUGGAUGUACGGUCGAGGCCUCAACGCCCCGCUUCUAUCUCUCAUCCCCACCGCCGCCGGGACUCCUCGCUUCUCCCCCUGCAACUUCUGCUUCUCUCUCUCUCCUCCGCCGCCCUCCGCCUCUAUCGCCCCCGCCGUCCUCGACACUUCACUAUCAUCCGCUGCGUGCCCCCGCCUCCCGCCGGUAAAUUUUACGGCGAAGCAGGCUCCCUGGACGAGGAUCAAGAAUUUUCUGACGACGAUGAUGGCGAGGAGGAGGAGGACUACGAAACUUCUACUCUCGACGUGGAAGCGCUCGAGGAAGAAGCACGAUUCGCCGUUCGAGAGUAUUCCCAAUCUCUAUCCCGUGAUUUGAGAAUUGAAGAUGACGAACAUAAUCAAAAGGAAACUAGCGGAAGGCAGAAUGGGCGUAAGAGUACUACUAGAAAUAUCCCUGAUAAUCUUCUCCCGAAGGUUGCCAUUGUUGGAAGGCCAAAUGUUGGUAAAUCAGCACUAUUUAAUUGGCUUGUUGGGGGUAACAAAGCAAUUGUAGUGGAUGAACACGGGGUCACCAGGGAUCGCUUGUAUGGUCGAUCCUUUUGGGGGGACCAUGAAUUUAUGGUAGCAGAUACUGGAGGUGUUCUGACAAUCUCCAAGUCCCAGGCUGACGUUAUGGAAGAAUUAGCUAUCUCAACAACCAUAGGUAUGGAGGGGAUUUCACUUGCCACCAGAGAGGCAGCUGUUUCUAGGAUGCCUUCAAUGGUUGAGAGACAGGCUACUGUAGCAGUGGAAGAAUCAUCAGUCGUUAUAUUUCUUGUUGAUGGCCAGCAAGCUAAAGUGAGUGCAGCUUUUGGAGGAGAAAGCCCAAGUAAUGGAACGGAUUGUGAAUUCACGUCAUAAUCAGUUCGAUCUUUUACCUGAUGGAGUUGUGAUCUCCAUAUUCAACAAGGUAUUGGAUGCUAAAUCGCUGUGCAGAUGCUACAUGGUCUCCAAGCGUUUUGCUUCCCUUGUCCUCUGUGUUCAGAAUGUUUCUGUCACUGUACCCCGCAAU